AUGAACUGCAGCGAGAGCCAGCGGCUGCGAACCCUCCUGAGCCGUCUGCUGCUCGAGCUGCACCAUCGGGGCAACGCCAGCGGCCUGGGCGCCGGCCCCGGCCCCAGUAUGGGCAUGGGGGUCGUGCCUGACCCUUUCGUGGGCCGCGAGGUGACCAGCGCCAAGGGCGACGACGCCUAUCUCUACAUCCUGCUCAUCAUGAUCUUCUACGCCUGCCUGGCCGGAGGCCUCAUCCUGGCCUACACCCGCUCCCGCAAGCUCGUCGAGGCCAAGGACGAGCUGUCCCAGGCCUGCGCUGAGCACGAAUGGGCCCCUGGAGGCGCCCUGGCCACCGACGCCGAGACUGCCGCCGGCUCCCCGGCCGAGGGCCGCCGCCAGCUCGCCCCCGGGGGGCUGCCUGCUCUUGCCCAGGGCGCCGAGCGGGUCUAG